AUAUCAUACGAGUAUCGCGGUGUAGCUUUUAGUAAAAAAGCUUGGAAUGUUAUGUAAAUAGUAACUAAAAAUGAAUUUAAUCUUUGUCUGAGAGGCAGAAAAUUGUAAUAAUAUGGCGGUUGUGGUAGAAACUACCAUAGGAGAUUUUACUGUUGAUUUAUACACGGAAGAACGACCACAAACAUGUCGCAAUUUUUUAAAAUUAUGCAAAAUAAAAUAUUACAAUUGGAACUUGUUCCAUUCUGUUCAGAGCAAUUUUAUUGCUCAGACUGGAGAUCCAACUGGCACUGGGAAAGGUGGAGAGAGUGUAUAUGGAAUAGUGUUAGGUGAAAAAGCAAGAUAUUAUGAAGCAGAACAAAUGCCGAAAAUAAAACACAAUAGAAGUGGUUUAUUGUCCAUGGUGAAUUGUGGCAACAGUAUGCUUGGAUCUCAGUUUUUUAUUACUCUUGCACCUGAGCUACAGUCAUUAGAUGGAGAACACUGUGUAUUCGGUGAAAUUACAGAAGGUCUGGAGAUUAUUCUGAAAUUUAACGAAACUAUCUGUGAUGGAGAUCAUAGACCCUACCAAGACAUUCGUAUUUCUCAUACUGUUAUUUUAGAAGAUCCUUUUGAGGAUCCAAAGGGUUUUGUUAUACCCGAUCAAAGUCCACCACCCACCAAGGAAGCUUUAAUGAGUGAUAGAAUUGGAGCAGAUGAAGUAAUAGAUGAUACAGCUGGUAUGACAGCGGAAGAAAUUAUAGAGAUGCAAAAGGAGAAGGAAGCAAAAGCUCGAGCUACAAUAUUGGAAAUUGUAGGGGAUAUUCCAGAUGCGGAAAUGGCUCCUCCCGAAAAUGUUCUCUUCGUUUGUAAAUUAAAUCCUGUCACAACGGAUGACGAUCUUGAAAUUAUUUUCAGUAGAUUUGGUAAAAUUGCCGGAUGCGAAGUGAUCAGAGAUCGACAAAGUGGAGAUUCUUUGCAAUACGCGUUUAUCGAAUUUGCCGAUCGUAAAAGUUGCGAGGAAGCGUACUUUAAAAUGGAUAAUGUAUUAAUCGACGAUCGUCGUGUACACGUAGAUUUCUCGCAGUCGGUAGCCAAAAUGAGAUGGAGAGGCAAGGGUAAAGGCAUACAAUAUUUCGACGAUAAUGGUGAUGAGACGUGUAAUGAAAAUCGGGAGAAAAGUAGUUUGAGAUAUAAAAAGAGAGACGAGUGUAAAGUGAAUGACGAUACAAGAAGUCAAAGAGAAAACGAUAAAAGAUAUAGGGAAGAAAUAUUGGAACACAGAAAACAUGAGCGUAGAAAGGAAAUUAAUAGGGGCAAUUCAGAAUACUCCCAUGAUGGGGAGAAAUAUAAGGAAGAAAAAUAUCGGGAUAAUUCACGCGAAAGGUACGAACACGAAUUUAGGCGAAGAAAAGAAAAAAAGCGAAGAAGUAGAGAUAGAAGCAGAGGUAAAAGUAAAGAUCGAAACGUAGAUAGGAGCAGAGGUCGGAGUCGUGACAGAAGCAAAGAUAGAGAACAGAACAAAAGGGAAAGCCAUAAAGAAUCUAAACGUAAAAAAAAGUACGACAGUGAGAAAAGAAGGCGGGAUAGAAAUAGUUCUAGUAUCAGUAGCGAAGAUUCGAAACAUGAAAGACAUUCGAAUCACAAGAAAAAGUAUACUAGAGACCGAUCCAUGGAGAGAUAUGAAAAAUUCGAGAAACACAAGCAAAAAAGGAGAUGA